AUGGACAGUGAUUGGCCAAAGGUGCUGGAAACAGCAGAAGAGAUCCAAGAGAGGCGUCAGGAGGUGUUGACUCGGUACCAGAGGUUCAAGGAACAGGUUGCUGAGAGGUCUCAGAAGCUUAAAGACCAGUUUUACUACAACGUUUUCAGACGGGAUGCAGAUGACCUGGAGAAAUGGAUCUUGGAGAAACUCAAGAUUGUAGACGAUAAAAGCUAUGAAGAUUCAGCUAACAAACAGGAGGAAUAUGAGAAGCAUAAAUCCUUCAAAGCAGAUGUGCAAGCAAAAUCAGAGGUCCUUCCUGAGCUGGGAAAUAUCUGGAAAGUCCACAUUGCUGAGGGGCAUUUUGCCCAUGAGGACACCAAGGGCCGUCUGGAAGAGCUGUACGUCCUGUGGGACGAGCUGCUAAGGCUGACCUGGGAGAAGAGCGCUCAGCUGCAGCAAGCCCUGAAGCUCCAGCAGUACUCACAGGACUGCGCUGACCUCUUGGAGUGGAUCAGAGACAAGAUUGCUAUAGUGACAUCAGAGAAGCCAGAUAAGGAAUGGGAGCACACAGAGGUUCUGCAUAAGUUUGAAGAGUUCCAGGUGGAUCUGGAAGCUAGAAAGAAGAGAGUGGAUGGAGUGAACCAGUAUGCCAAUGAGUGUGCCAAGGAAAAGCAUCCUGAGCUGCCCUCAAUUCAGUCAAAGCAGAAUGAAGUGAAUACAGCCUGGGAGCAUCUCCAGAGUCUGGUUCUCCAGCGACAGGAAACACUGUCCAGGGCUGCAGACCUCUACCGAUUCAAAAGGGAUGUGACCGAAAUCAUCCAGUGGAUUACGGAGAAGGAGCCUCAGCUCACCUCUGAGGAUUAUGGCGAAAACCUUGCUAGCUCUGAGGCGCUGUUGCACAGUCACAAAGGGCUUGAGGGGAACCUUAAAGGCAUGCAUGACAAGGUGGAGAAGUUACGUGAGAAAGCAGACAGCCUGAAGCUUUCCCAUCCUUCAGAUGCAGCUCAGAUCCAGCAGAUAAAAGAGGAUCUGGUCUCCAACUGGGAGCACUUCUGCACCUUGGCUGCCAGCAGAUAUGAAAAGCUACAGGCUUCUUAUCAGUACCAGCGGUUCUUAUCCGACUAUGAUGAGCUCUUACGCUGGAUGAAGGAGAAGAUUGCUCUGAUCAGUGCCGAUGAGCUGCCCAUAGAUGUCACGGGUGCAGAAGCCCUGCUGGACAAGCACCAGCAACAUAAGAAUAACAUUGACUCUUACCAUAACCGACGUCAAUUGGUUGAUGAGACUGGAAAAGCCCUGCUGGAUGCCCAUCAUGAAGCCUCUGAUGAAAUUCGGGAAAAGAUGGCAACACUCGACCACACCUGGUCCACCCUGCUGGAACUGUGGGACAGGCGUCAGAAUCAGUACGAGCAGUGCUUGGAGCUGCACAUCUUCUACCGUGACAGUGAGCAAGUGGACAGCUGGAUGAGUAGACAGGAGGCCUUCCUGAAAAAUGAGGACCUGGGAGACUCCCUGGGCAGCGUAAAAGCCCUUCUUCAGAGCCACGGUGACUUUGAGGAAGCCUUUACCGCCCAGGAGGAGAAGAUCACAACCUUAGACAAGACUGCAACCAAACUGAUUGACAACAACCACUAUGAUUCAGAGAACAUCGCUGCUAUCCGGGAUAAGCUGUUGGCCCGACAGCGUGCUUUACGUGAAAGGGCUGCCACUCGACGCAAGUUGCUGGAAGACUCAUUGCUUCUGCAGAAACUGUUUCGGGACACAGAUGACCUAAAGAACUGGAUCAACAAGAAGAAAAAACUGGCAGAUGAUGAUAAAGAUUGCAAGGAUAUACAGACCUUGAGGAUCCAGGUUCAAAAGCAGCAAGUCUUUGAAGAGGAAUUGGUAGCUAAGAAGACCCUGCUCAAUGAUCUAAAGAAAACUGGUCAGGAGAUGAUUGAGAGCAAUCACUAUGCCUCUGAAAGUGCGGCUGCUCGUCUGAGGGAGGUUGACAGACUUUGGAAGGAGUUGCUGGAGGCUACAGAGCAGAAAGGGAUCCUGCUGUAUGAAGCUAGCAAGCUGCUGCAAUUUGAAAAUAAUGCAGAAGACCUGAAACACUGGCUGCAGGAGGUGGAAAGGCAGGCUGUCUCUGAGGAUUACGGGAAAGACCUGAAGGGCGUACAGAACCUACUCAGGAAACUCGCCCUCCUCGAGUCUGACAUGGCUGCUCAUCAGAAUCAGGUGGACACCCUCACAGACUUGGCGGCAUAUUUUGAAGAAAUAGGCCAUCCGUAUGCUGGGGACAUACGGGCAAGGCGGGAGUACCUGGUGUCCCGGUUUGAAGCCUUGAAAGAGCCGCUGGCCUUACGGAAGGAUGAGCUCACUGACCAUCUCCGCCUGCACCAGAUCUGCAGAGACACAGAGGAUGAGGAGGCCUGGAUCCAAGAGACUAAACCCGCAGCAGCUUCCACGUACCUUGGCAAGGAUCUGAUUGCCUCCAAGAAGCUUCUGAACAGACAUCAAGUCAUCCAGGCUGAUAUUGCCAGCCAUGCACCGUGCAUCCGAGUGAUAACAGAGAGGGGAAACAAAAUGGUAGAGGAAGGGCAUUUUGCUGCAGAGGCUGUGGCCUCCAGGGUCGAGAGUUUGAAUGAGAAUAUGGAAUCUCUCCAGGCUCGAGCUGCUAGACGGCUAAGGGAUCUUGAAGCCAACAUCCAGUUCCAGCAGUACUUAGCUGAUCUGUGUGAAGCAGAAGCGUGGAUGAGAGAGAAGGAACCCAUUGUAGACAACACUAACUAUGGGGCUGAUGAAGAAACAGCUGGGGCUCUUCUAAAGAAGCACGAGAGCUUUCUGGUGGACCUCAAGGCAUUUGGAAAGAGUAUGCAAGCCCUUCGCGAUCAGGCAGAAGCCUGCCAGCAACAGCUAGCUGCACUGGUGGAGGGAGCUGCUGGAGAAGAGAGGGUUGUGGCUCUCUAUGACUUCCAGGCCCGCUUCCCCCAAGAAGUUACCAUGAAGAAAAAUGACGUCUUAACGCUGCUCAGUUCCGUGAAUAAGGACUGGUGGAAAGUGGAAGCUGAUGAUCACCAGGGCUUUGUGCCAGCUGUCUACGUCAGGAAACUUGCCCACGAUGAGUUUCCCACGCUCCCGCAGCGGAAGCGAGAAGAACCAGGCAACAUCACCCAGCGCCAGGAACAGAUAGAGAACCAGUACCGGUCCCUCCUUGAUCGGGCAGAAGAACGCAGACGUCGUUUAUUGCAAUGUUACAAUGAGUUUUUGCUGGCCUAUGAGGCAGGAGACAUGCUGGGCUGGAUCCGAGAGAAAAAAGCAGAAAACACCGGGGUGGAAUGGGAUGAUGUUUUGGAGCUGCAGAAAAAGUUUGAAGAGUUCCAAACGGAUUUGAAGACCAAUGAGCCUUGGCUGAGGGAUAUCAACAAGAUGGCUGAUGAUCUUCUAUCUGAAGAGCUUCUGACACCAAGAGGUGCUCAAAUGCAUCAGGAGUUGAAUACCCGCUGGGGGUCCCUGCAGAGGCUGGCAGAGGAACAGGGCGAGGAGCUGGACAAGAACCGUGCCGUCCAGCUAUUUCACAGGGAUGCAGAUGACGCAAAGGAGCAGAUUGAGGAGAAGUGCCAGGCGCUCAGGGCUGCUGAUCCUGGCUCGGACCUGUUCAGUGUGCAGGCCCUUCUGCGACAGCAUGAGGGCUUUACGAGAGGCCUUAUACCCCUGGGGGAGAAGGUGGCCACACUCGAGGAGAGAGCAGAGCAGCUCAGUGAGUACCACCCAGAUGCUGCUGAUGACCUGCAGAGGCAGCGGAUGGAGCUGAACGAAGCCUGGGACAACUUGUUGGCGCGUUUAGAGGGUCGUAAGGAGAACCUACAGGAGGCCCAAAAAUUCUACCAGUUCCUCAGCCAGGCCAGGGACCUAGAAAAUUGGAUCAGUGACAUUCGCGACAUGAUAUUAUCACAGGAGCUGGCCGAGGAUUUAACUGGCACAGAGAUCUUGAUAGAGCAACACCAGGCCCAUCGUGCUGACCUGGACGCCAAGGUUCCCACGUUCCAGGCCCUAGCAGACUUAGGUAGAGAACUUAUAAGCAGUGGGCACCGUGGCAGCCCUGAAAUUAAAGAAAAGCUUCAAGCUGUCAUACUAGGGAGAGAUGAGUUGGAGGAAGCUUGGGAACAACGCAAGAAGAUGCUAGAUCAAUGUCUGGAGUUGCAGUUGUUCCGAAGGAGCUGUGAUCAGGCUGAGAGCUGGAUGGCGGCACGUGAGGAUGACCUGAGGUCAGGUGACAACAGUUCCUUAGACACUUUGGAGGCGUUGAUAAAGAAACGUGAUGAUUUGGACAAAGCAGUUACUACCCAGGAAAACAAGAUCACUGGACUAGAACUUUUUGCUGAACGGCUCCUAGAUAAUGACCACUAUGCCAAGGAAGAGAUUGCUGCUCGACUCCAGCGCGUACUGGACAGAUGGAAGGCUCUGAAAGAACUGCUGAUUGCUGAGCAAAUGAAACUUAAAGACUGUGCUGACCUAAAACAAUUCUACUGUGACCUUGAGGACCAGGAAGAAUGGAUCCAGGAGAUGCUGCCCAUAGCCUGUGAUGAAUCCUACAAAGACCCCACCAACAUUCAGAUAAAAUAUCUGAAGCACCAGACCUUUGAAAAAGAGGUCCACGGCCAAGAAGAACAGGUGGAAAGAGUCAUCAACUCGGGGAACGCUCUGAUUGAGAGGAGGGCAUGCGAUGGCAAUGAAGAGACCGUGAAGGGUCAAGUAGAAGAGUUGAAGAAACACUGGAAUGAUUUGCUUGAGAAGACAGCGGACAAAGGACAGAAGCUCGGUGAAGCUAGUCGCCAGCAGAGGUUUAACACAGGCGUGCGGGACCUUGAGUUCUGGCUCUCAGAGGUAGAGAGACUGCUGUCCCUGAGGGAUCAGGUUAGGGAUUUGGCUUUGGUAGGAAACUUACUCAAUCAGCACCAGCUAUUGGAAACAGAGAUGUCGGCCCGAAAGGAUGCACUGGAGGACCUGAACGCGUUGGCUGCUGAUCUGAUCUCUAGCGGGACUUUCAAUACUGACCAGAUUGUGGAGAAAAGGGACAAUGUCAACGAGCGCUUCCUGGCGGUCCAGAAAUUGGCAGCGGGACACCAUGAGAAACUGAAAGAGGCCCAAGCCUUGUCUCAGCUCUUCCAGGACCUAGACGAUGAGAAAGCCUGGAUAGAGGAGAAGUUGUUACAAGCGGGAUCCCAGGACUAUGGGAGCGAUCUACAGCGGGCUCAGAAUUUACUGAAGAAGCACAAACACGUAGAAGGGGAGUUGGUGGCACAUGAACCUGCCAUCCAGAAUGUGCUGGAUAUGGCAGAGAGGCUGAGAGACAAGGAUGUUGUGGGGCGAGAGGAGAUCCAGGAGCGGCAGGAUCAGUUGAUUCAACACUGGAAGCAGCUCAAAGAGUUGGCCAAGGCUCGAGGACUUCGGUUGGGAGAGUCCUUAGAGUACUUGGAAUUUAUGGUGACUGCUGAGGAGGAGGAAGCUUGGAUCAGUGAAAAGGAAGCUAUGGUUGCCCGAGGGGAUUCUGUAGACACUUUGGCUGCUGUUCAGAGCUCUCUAAAGAAGCUCCAAGCUUUGGAAAAUGACUUUGCUGUCCAUGAGAUCCGAGUGCAAAAUGUCUGUGCUCAAGGAAGAGACAUCUUGAGUAAGGUGACGCAGGAGGAAAGUCAGCACAAGGAGGAGAUUUCAACUAAGAUAGAGGCUCUGAAUGACAAGAUCGCUUCUCUGGCCAAGGCAAUAGCUGCUUGGAAGUUACAACUGAAAGAUGAUUAUGACUUUCAGCAGUUCAACUGGAAGGCUGACCUGGUUGAGGCAUGGAUAGCUGAGAAAGAAACAAGCCUGAAGACCAAUGGUAAUGGUGAAGACCUCGCUGCCUUCCUCAAGCUCCUGGCAAAGCAGGACACACUGCAUGCCAGUCUGCAGAGUUUCCAGCAAGAGAGACUUUCUGAGAUAACUGACCUAAAGGACCAGCUGGUGGCUGCUGAGCACAGCCAGGCCAAAGCCAUCGAGGAGCGUCAUGCUGCCCUGCAGAGGCGCUGGGAACAGCUGCUGGAAGCCUGUGCAGCCCACAGGCAGAAAUUGCUGGAGAAACAGCGGCUCCUACAGAAGGUGGAGGAUCUAUUCAUGGAAUUUGCAAACAAGGCUUCAGCUUUCAACAACUGGUGCGAGAACGCCGAAGAGGACCUGUCGGAGCCUGUGCACUGUGUCUCCCUGAUUGAGAUUCGGCAGCUGCAGAUGGACCAUGAGGCCUUCUUGGACUCCUUGGCAAGGGCCCAAGCAGACUUCAACUAUUUACUCGAUCUAGACCAGCAGAUUAAGGCCUUAAAUGUGCCCUCCAGCCCCUAUACCUGGUUAAGGAUGGAGGUGCUAGAAAGGAUCUGGAAGCGCCUAUCUGAUGUUGUCAAGGAAAGGGAGCAGGAGCUGCAAAAGGAAGAGGAAAGACAGGUCAAGAACUUUGAGAUGUGCCAGGAAUUUGAACAGAAUGCCAGUGCCUUCCAUGAUUGGAUCUUGGAGACCAGGGCUUAUUUUCUGGAUAGAUCUUUGCUGAAAGAAACAGAAACUCUGGAAUCCCAACUGGAAGAAAAUAUAAGGAAGCAGGAGGAGAUCGAGGCAAGGAAGCAUCAGCUGACCACGAUUGAGGAACUGAGGGACAACUUAGAAGAGGCUCUGGUCUUGGACAUUAAAUACAGCACCAUUGAGCUAGCUCAGCAAUGGGAACAGCUCUACCAGCUCGGAAUGCAAAUGCAACACAAUCUGGAAGAACAGAUCCAAGCCAAAUACACCAGUGGUGUGAGUGAGGAGACACUAGAGGAGUUUAGAACAACCUUUGAGCACUUUGAUGAGAAUCUGACAGGUCGCUUGAGCCACAAAGAUUUCCGGUCCUGCCUGAGAGGGCUCAAUUACUUCUUGCCCAUGGUGGAGGAGGGUGAACCUGAGCCCCAGUUUGAGAAAUUUCUGGAUGCCGUUGAUCCUUGGAGGAAGGGCUAUGUCUUCUGGAAGGACUACAGAGACUUCCUGAUCAACAAGGAGUCAGAGAACAUCAAGUCCAGGGAUGAAAUAGAGGAUGCUUUCCAAGCCCUGGCAGAGGACAAGGCCUAUAUCACCGAAGAGGACAUGGAGCAGGCCCUAACCCCAGAACAAGUGUCAUUCUGUACCUCACAUAUGCAGCAGUAUGUGGACCCACAGGGCCAAAGCUACCCUGAUGGCUACGAUUAUAUUGGCUUCACCAAUUCUUAUUUUGGCAACUGAUAAGCAGCUUUUCUUGGGUCGUAGAGAAUCUUGGUGUUGUGGGAAGUACCGGGGGAUGAAGGAGACAGGCAAGUAUGGAGGGUGGGAAGACAGUCUUGUGUGUGUG